AUGUCGAAAGGCGGAAAAGCGUCAUCCAAACGGCAGAACGCUGCCAAAAAUGCGUUCAAGAAGAAGAAAUUGAAAUCCAAAGCCAAUACCGACCAACUGAGGGAUCUUUUGGACCAAAAAUCAGCUUCUAUCCAAGAAGCCUCAUUGUUUUUGCAGAAGCCGGCAGUUGUUCCUGACUUCAGCCACCUUCACAAAGCCCAGAGUCAGCAAAACUCGAUGAGCGAUUUGGAGUCUAUUCUGCGAGGACUUUAA